GGGAGAGAUGGGUUCCUGGGGAGAGAGGGGUUGGGGAGUCUGGGCCGCUGCCCUGGGCCGCUGGACAAGGUGGGGGGCCCUCGAGCCCCUCCGCUGGCCGGGCGUCUCCCUGGGAGGUCUCCCUCCUGCCUUAAGAAUUCCUUGGGCCGGGCAGGGGAGCGGCUCUCUUGGGCCCCGCCUGGGCUGACCCUCCCCCCUCUUCUAGCCGGCUGCCUGGUCCGCGAGCUGAUCGACUUCAUGGGGAUCAAGCGGCGUGUGACGCGGCCGGUUCUGCACUUGUUGCUGGUGCCGCAGCUGACGGAGCUGGACCUGGGCAGAUGCUCCCAGCUGGUCACCAAGGACGUGGCUCAGAUGAUCUCCAGCCGCUGCAAGAACCUGUCCCUGCUGUACCUCCAGCGCUGCAGCCGGAUCCCCAGCAACGCUCUGGUUGACCUGAUAGAAAGCUUGCCUUCCCUCAAGAAGCUGGACCUGUCGGACACCCAGUGCAACACUCAGGUCUUGUCGGCCGUGGGCUCCACCUGCCGCCAUCUCUGUGAGCUGAACAUCUCCGACUGCAAACGGCUGUCUGCAGACUCCCUUCUCCACCUGGCUUACGACGUCACGGCCGGCUCCUUCUCUUGCCAGGGCCUGCAGGUGCUUUCAGUCGACGGUUUGGAGCCCAGUGGCAAAAGCCGGGACCUGGUCUGGGCCCUGGCCUUUGUUCUGCUGGCCCUUCCCAGCCUCCGGUUCUUAGAAAACGAGUUUGUUUCUGAGGCUCUGCAGGAGAUCCUCGGGCAGCAGUUCGCGGCGGCCCAGAUCGACCCCCGCUUUCCCUCCCUGGAGGAGCUAGCCCGGCGCAGGAUGGCCAUGCGCGCAGACCAGGCCGGCUCCAGGCUCACGUUGCCCCUCAAGGAGCUCCUGGAGGUGGAGGAAACUUUCCUGCCCACGGUUUGUGCCGUGUGCCCACACUUAACCAAAGCCAUCGUCCUCCUGGAUGACGGCUCUGCCUUGAGCCCCGCCUUCUACACCUGGCACACCCUCACCGACCUGACCUUGGACUGCAGCAGGCCCCGGAAUCUGGCGGAGCUUCUGCCGGUGGCGGCCAUCCUCGGCGCCCAGAUGCAGUCCCUCUCCGUCGACGGCUUCUACAUCAGGGAUGAGUUGUCUUUCCACAUGGUGCUCAAUCACUGCCCAAACCUCCAUAAAUUCAGUGCCAGCAUCUUCCUGUCCCUGAGGGGCCAGGGAAGCCCCACCCUGGAGCAGGAUGCUGUUUUGACCCCCCCCAGGUUCUCCCACCUUGUCGAGUUUACCUUGAACCUUUGCCAUUUGCACACUUCCGCACCUUCCCAGCCUAUUCCAAGGUUGAGAGCAAACCUCCUGUCCGUCCUCCAGAACUCCCCCUGCCUGAAGAGCCUGGAGCUGUGCUACCUGCCUUUCUGCCUGGACGAGGUGUUCGAGAAAGUGCUGGAGCCCCGGGGCGCCGCCCUGGUGCACCUCCGUUACCUUUCUCUGCUGCAGUGCCAGAUCUCCAUCAGCACCAUCCACCUGCUGCUGGCCGCCGACAACCAGCUGAAUUCCCUCCACUUGGACAAAUGCCCAGACAUCUACCGGGGCGACUAUGACGAGCUUCUCCGGAAAGUCAGCCGGGAAGGCCUUGACCUGCACAUCCAGUGGCAGUGAAGGCCCAGGAAGUCGGUUUUCUUUAUACUGAGGCCAAAGUAGAGUGGAGCCCCUCUUAAUAAAGUUUGUAUUCUCUCC